CCACCCUGCGCAGGGCAGGCCGUGCAACCUUAGAAGUGGGAUUCUGCCCAGUUCCAGAAAAGGGCCAGCGGAAAUUCCAGAGGAGCUGCGCUGCACGUGGAAGCUUGGAAUUCCUUCGCGUGACAGUCCCAGUUUAGAACUCCUCACUGUCUCCUUGUUAUUCGCCUCCUGGAAGAUUCUAGAUUUGCCUGUGGCUGCUCAGGCAGGCAGCUUACAAAGAACCGCCCCGCCUCCUCCUGGUCAGGUGACGCUGUUGCUUAGCAACAGGACGCACUGCUGCCUUAGCCGCAGACUUCACUGUCCUUGCCUAGUUUCUUGCGGAGGCCCAAUGUCUGGAAAAAACCCUCAAGAGUGCACCAAGCCGGUGGUAACCAAGGCUAAGCUGGGCCCGGAGAAGACGAGCGACUAUUACCGUGUGAGCGAACAGCUCCCAGACAGGUUCAACAAUCCAGGGUGUUUUCGUGGCUACAGGACGGACAAAAUUCCCUCCAUGUACCAGACCAGUAACCAGACUUAUGGAAGCCGAGCACCCACAGUGCAUGAGAUGCCGAAAGUAUAUUAUCCACAUACAAGUGAGUUCUCCAGACAAUUUUUAACUUCUGGAAUGUUCCGGAGAAACAAUAUUAACGUCAGCCUGGAGAAGAGCAUAGUGACAGGCCCUGACAAUUACAUCACCCAUUGUGACCGCCUUAACUUUCACCCCAGUUACAAUGUCAACAGGCCAUCCAUCUGCGACUAAGGGAGCGAGAUGCCUGUCCCAGGGGACUCUCCUGACUCAGUGCUGCUGUAGGGAUCAUGGCGGCCAUGAUCCUUGACAAGUGCCCAGUUGUGAAGGCAUGGAUCUCACUGCCUUUUCAGAAAAUACUUUUCCUUUCUGGAGGAGAAAAAUAUUCAAAUAGGGUCAUAACGUCUUGUGUUCCAUGUUGCACACAGGAGAGAUGCUAAUAAUGGCUAGAUUUUCUAUUAAAAAGAUGCCACG